UAGAGCGAGCCGCUCGGUUGUCAGGUGCCGUGAUUCCCAGCACCCCGGAUGUAGCGCGCAGUCUCCAGCAUCAAUCCCGGAGAAUAACAUGGCACUGACAACCACAUAACACCGUUUUCCCCUCCGCAACGUUCCCGCAGGAGCGGAGCGCAUCGCUGAUAGGAAUGUGACGCGCUUCCCUCCGCAGCAGGAUGUUUGGGAAGAAGAAGAAGCGUCUGGAGAUCUCAGCUCCUUCUAACUUCGAGCACCGUGUCCACACCGGCUUCGACCCGCAGCAACAGAAGUUCACCGGCCUGCCGCAGCAAUGGCACAGUCUUCUGGCCGACACGGCCAACCGGCCCAAGCCCAUGGUGGACCCCUCCUACAUCACCCCCAUGAAGAUAUCUCCCAAGAAAGUCCGGUUGGCAGAAUCGCCGUUGCGAAAAACCAUCGUCCGCGGGAGCCGGCCGCCCAAGGACGCCUCCAUCAACGGCCUGCUGGAGGAGUUUGACAGCAUCUCCGUCACCCGCUCCAACUCUCUGAGGAAAGAGAGUCCACCUGGAGCUCAUCAGUCCAGCGGGAGCAAACCAGCCUCUACAUCCACGUCCAACACCGGCGGACCAGAGGAGAACGGCUUCGGACACUAUUACGGGCGCUUCUCCUGUGACCUGGACAGCAGUAAAGACUUCUCGCUAGAGGCGUACCGUGACCGAGGCUUCCACGAUGGUGAGUUGGCGGUCGGACGGCACUACCGCUUCUCUCUCAGACAGAACGGCCAUCCCAUCCGCAGCCCCUUCUAUCCCGACGCCAUGCCGCAGAAGUCCUCGGACUACGCCAAGAUGCCACCAGACUACCACGCCUACCUGGAGAGCAAGAUGCGGCUGUCCACUGCUGAGAUGGCCAUGGGUGGCCGCAGGGACUACUACCGUGCCUCUCUGGGCGGAUCCAGUCAGGACUAUCGGGAGCAUCCGCUGGGAACGCCAUCGCGUGUCUCCAUCCACAGCGGACAGAUGAACUAUCCCGACGGAGACUGGGGAUACGGAGCUGGACUGAAAGACGACUACGAAAAGAGGCCCAAGUCCUCUUACAUCAGUCAGACGAGCCCCCAGCCAGCCAUCCGGCAGCGCUCGCGCUCGGGGUCAGGCCUGCAGGAGCCCAGCCAACCGUACGGCAUCAGUGCAUUUAAAGUUGCGCCGCAGGGGCCGUACAGCUCGUACACGUACCCAAGACUGUCCGAGAACACGUCUUCACUCAUCAUGGGCAAGGGCGAGUUCGAGCGUGGGGCCCGUGAUGGGAGUCUGCAGGGGCCGGGGCCCGAGACGUAUCAGCGCGUUCCCUUCAAACUACCUCAGAGCCACGGCAAACCCUGUUACCCAUCCGGUCUCCAGUACCACUACCGCCCGCCCCAGCCCAGCCCCCCCUACACCCCACAGGGAGCACACUCACAGCCCUCCUCGCCCUUCAUCCCGGGGCCCGGGGCCUAUCCGCCGCCCAGCUGGGGCUCGUCCUCCGAGCAGCCGCCCUGCAGAGUGUCCCACGAACAGUUCCGCGCCGCUCUGCAGCUGGUGGUGAACCCCGGCGACCCGCGCGAGUAUCUGGACAACUUCCUGAAGAUCGGAGAGGGAUCCACGGGCAUUGUGUGCAUCGCCACCGAGAAGCACAGCGGCAAACAGGUGGCUGUGAAGAAGAUGGACCUGAGGAAACAGCAGCGGAGGGAACUUCUGUUCAACGAGGUGGUCAUCAUGAGAGACUACCAUCACGAGAACGUGGUGGACAUGUAUAACAGUUAUCUGGUCAGUGAUGAACUCUGGGUAGUGAUGGAGUUCCUGGAGGGCGGAGCCUUGACUGACAUCGUCACUCACACCAGGAUGAAUGAGGAGCAGAUCGCCACGGUCUGUCUGUCGGUGCUGAAGGCUCUGUCGUAUCUCCACACACAGGGCGUCAUACACAGAGACAUCAAGAGCGACUCCAUCCUGCUGACCAGCGACGGACGGAUCAAGCUCUCGGAUUUCGGCUUCUGUGCUCAAGUGUCCAAAGAGGUUCCCAAGAGGAAGUCUCUGGUGGGAACGCCGUACUGGAUGGCGCCGGAGGUCAUCUCCAGACUUCCCUACGGCACUGAGGUGGACAUCUGGUCUCUGGGCAUCAUGGUGAUCGAGAUGGUGGACGGAGAGCCGCCGUACUUCAACGAGCCGCCGCUGCAGGCCAUGAGACGGAUACGAGACAACCUGGCUCCGCAGAUCAAAGACUCGCACAAGGUGUCGUUGGUUCUGCGGGCGUUCCUGGACCUGAUGCUGGUGCGAGAGCCGUCCCAGCGGGCCUCGGCCCCGGAGCUGCUGCAGAACUCUUUCCUGAAGCUGUCGGGCCCCCCGUCCUGCAUCGUUCCUCUGAUGCGCCACUACCGCUGACCGCUCGGACCACUGACCGCUCGGACCGCUGACCGCUCAGACCACUGACCGCUCGGACCACUGACCGCUGACCGCUCGGACCGCUGACCGCUCAGACCACUGACUGCUGAC